AUGACCAAUGUAAAUUCCUGUCUCUUUGUCCUAAUUUUUAUUUUGGUGUUUCAGACCACUCAGAGCAAUGCCCAAACCUCGGACGAGCUGCUGGAAAUAAUCCAUCGACAAGAAAAUUUGUUGCAGACUCUAAGUCAGAAGAUGCAGGUUCUCGGCAACUCUGUGAACUAUUUGCGAAUUAAAACACACAGACAAGAAAAGACAAUUAAACACCAAAGCUUGGAAUUACAAGCACUGCGCAAUGCCAUCACAGUGAAACAGAAAAACAGUCAUGCAAGGUCCAAAUACGAGUCUACCGGGACAUUUAAAGGUGGGAAAAGUGAUUCCUACGUCUUGAAAAAUAAUGCUGAAAACAUAGAGACAGGGUAUAGACAAGACUACCAAAACAAUGUAACGCAAAGAUCCCUUGAAAUGUAUCAAAAAGAAUUGCCAAAAAGAAAUAUAGGAUACCGACUGUCUAACCAAUGUGCAUUCUACGCCUACAUGACGCAAGGCGGGCAAGAUAUAGCACCUCAGCAUACAUUUAUCUUUGAUGUGGUGAUGACAAACAUUGCAAAUGCUUACAAUAGAUAUACUGGGAUAUUUACGGUUCCCUACAAUGGACUCUAUGCCAUAACAUGGACUAUCUACGCAAAUUCCUACAGCUAUAUUUAUUCAAAUCUCGUUGUCAACGCAGACAUCUGGAACAGUGCUAUUGCUAACUCUGAGGAAAAUAAUGAUCGCCAUACUUCCACAGGUACCGUGGUUGCACAAUUGAAUGCAGGUGAUGUGGUGUUUGUAAAGACACAUGAGCGAAAUCAUGGUAAAGGCGUAUUAGAAAGUUCAUAUGAGGCACGGUCAACAUUUGCUGGCUGGAAAAUUGACUAG